AGUGUGCAUUCGUUUAUAAAAAAGUGCCAAAUCUUCAAGAUCUACAGAGUUAUUCUGACAUGGCGACAAAUGAAGUUGAUUGGGCAGGGGCUGCGGAUGCACAGGAGAAAGCAUUGAAGAAGAUGGGAGAUUUGACUAUGGGUAGAAAUGGAACUGAAAAUGAAGAGGAUAAAGAAGAAGAUACUGCCCUAUCUCUGGCUGAAAUAUCUAUUAUGAGGAAAGUUAUUCACAAAGGAUUAGUAGAAAAUAAGAACACAGUAGAGAUCGAACGACAGAAUCCACAGAGUCCGCUCUUCUCUGUAAAAUCAUUUGAAGAGCUGAAUCUACAUCCUAAGCUUCUCAAGGGAGUUUAUGCGCUUGGUUUUAACAAUCCGAGUAAAAUUCAAGAAACUGCUCUUCCCACUCUCCUUGCAGAUCCACCGCAGAACAUGAUUGCCCAGUCUCAGUCUGGAACUGGAAAAACAGCUGCCUUUGUUCUUGCCAUGCUCUCCAGGGUGAAUCCUAGCUUAUCAUGGCCUCAGGUUCUCUGUUUGUGUCCCACAUACGAGCUCGCAAUCCAGAUAGGAGAGGUUGCAAACAACAUGUCGCAGUUCUAUCCCGAGCUCAAGAUUAGAUAUGCUGUAAGAGGAGAAAUGUUAGAAAGAGGAGCCAAACUUACCGAACACAUUAUCAUUGGAACUCCUGGCAAGGUCCUGGACUGGAGUAAUCUUAAGUUCAACUUCUUUGACCUUAAGAAGAUUAAUGUGUUCGUGUUGGAUGAAGCCGAUGUGAUGAUUGCCAUCCAGGGACAUCAAGAUCAAAGUAUAAGAAUUCACAAGAAUCUCAACCCUGACUGCCAAAUGCUCCUGUUCUCCGCUACAUACGACCAGAAUGUGAUGGAUUUCGCGGAGAACAUAGUGUCCAACCCGGUAUUGAUCAAGCUCCGAAGGGAGGAGGAAUCUUUAGAUAAUAUAAAGCAGUACUAUGUGUAUUGUGACAGUAUUCAAUCAAAGUACAAAUCUAUUGCAAAUAUAUACGGAACCAUCACUAUUGGCCAGGCCAUGAUAUUCUGCCAGACCAGGAAGACGGCAGGUUGGUUAGCUGAUGAACUAAAGAAGGACGGACACGCUGUAGCUUUGCUGUCUGGAGAUCUAGGACCAGACGAGAGAAUUCUGGUGUUGGACAGAUUCAGAGAAGCACUGGAGAAAAUUCUCAUAACAACAAAUGUGCUGAGUAGGGGUAUAGAUGUAGAACAGGUGACUAUUGUAGUGAAUUUCGAUCUUCCUGUGGACCAGAACGGCAAGGCGGACUGUGAGACAUAUUUGCACAGAAUUGGUAGAACCGGAAGGUUUGGCAAGCACGGUUUGGCGAUUAAUCUGGUGGAUAGUCCCAGAUCUAUGGCUGUGAUGAAGGAAAUUGAGAAACACUUCGGGAAGGAUAUUGUCAAGUUAGACACUGAGGACACUGAAGAAAUCGAGAAAAUUGAACAGUAAGCUCAGAGAGACUCAUGUCAGACCACUCAUUAUUGCCUGUUAUCAAUUGUUUUAAAAAUGAACUUUCAGCAGCUCCAAGUUGCAGUAAAGGACCUAGUGUUUCUCUGUCUUUAAACGAGUCCAAUUUAAAUAUGCAAUAAUCGUUUUCUGCACUUGCAAAUUCAAUUUCAAACUUCAUCAUAACUGGAAAUGUUUUUUUUUUACUUUUCUUUAAUGGAUUAUAUUUGAUCAUCUUUACGUUUCAUUUUUUUAAGUUUAUCUCAUGAUCUAUGAUGUUAUAAUUGUGAUAUAAAACUAGUUCCAAAACUGUUGAUUUGUAUCAAAAGAAACUGAAAUAUAUAUUUACUUCUCA